CUUUUCAUUUGACAUGUGCUGUCGCGUGAGACGCGCUUUCCUGAUUCUGUUGUGAAAUCUCUGGCUUCCGCUAAAACAUAGAACAAAAAGAUACAACAACGCACGAGACAUGUAUUGAGACAUUCACAUGUCUUACCAUGCAUCUGCAAACUCGUUCUAUCACCUUUACGACGCUGAACACUGCUUCAAAAGGAUACCUCCGCCUCACCUCGCCGUCAAUAACAGAAAACACAGACAGGAAGCCACGAUCAUGACGCUGCCGGCCGCAAAGGCAAAGAACAACAACAACACAAAAUUCACCUCUCCACCUGCUCGCCCGAAGCCACCUGCAAACAGACCUUCAUCGACACACUCGCCUAGAGCCGCUCCAUCACCAACUUCCUCAUCAGCAUUGUCACUUUGGCGUGACAGCACCGCUUCCAGCCCACCACGAGUUCGCAAAGCUUCGCCGUCAUCUUCCACGGCGUCGACUGGGAAGCCUGAGUGGAUAGCACCGCCGGGGAAAGCGUGUUCGCCUACGAGUAUUCCGGUCCCAACAUUCCUGGCUUCUGCGAGGAGGAGGAAGUCAGCUUUGGUUUUGGCGAGGGGAGUGAGGAGGGAGGGAGAUGUGGGUGUGCAACUUACUCCUCCUACGCCGGCUGGAACAAGAGUUACAAAUGGGAGUGUGGUUGAGAUUCCUUCGCCAUCUGUGGGCGAGGUUGAUUGGAAUGGAGAAGAGAUUGAGACGCCUUCUGGGCUACCCAGGCGGAGAACCGCCGUCUCGAAUGAGUCUGGACAAUCAAGGACAGUUGGACUGACACGACCGCCUCGUGGCUUGGGAUUGAGUUUCGCUGUCUCUUCACCUCGAGCCUCCUCAUCACUCACAGGGCCCACGGCAUCCUUGCCAAAGAGCCCUUGGUCAACAUCAAUCAUAUCGCCCACCACCUCCACGCCAACAGCCAACCUAAUAUCAGCCUCCUCGACAAAGAAACACGACUCAUUCUCUCCUACCUCCCCAACUUCCACCAACAACAACCACUUCAAGACCUCAACCCUGACACCCAUCUCCUCAUUAGCCCUCCGUAACACCUCCAAGACUCCAAUUCUUUCGCCAUUCAAACACAAACGCCAUCUCUCCCCUCCCACGGCUCUGCCUCCUUCACCAUCGACUCUACAUCCACAUAUUUCAAAGACGCAUAUCACGCCUUCUUGUACUGCAGGAGCUCUGACGCAUCGACUUUCUUGCGGCCAUUUAAUCGUGACUCUACGAUCAGAAGUCUGUGCCAGGAAUUGUGGAGAUGAAGGUGCCACGUACGAGAGUGCAAGACUCAAUGCAAUGGGAUUUGUCAGAGGCUACAGGGGAUUAGACGACUCGUUUGCUUGUCCUGUCUGCAUCUCCCUAUUCUUUCACAGCAUACAAGCUGGACAAAAAGUGGAGACUGUUGUUGAAGAGUUGAGACAAAAGUUACAGCUUCAAGACGAUGAGCUGUGGAUUGCGAGAAGCAAGGAGUUUAUCUGCAUGUUGAGCUCUGAGUCUGGUCCUGAUGCCUCUGCGGCGAUUGCGCGGUUGGGAAAGACGUGCACUGCUGUACUAGAGCCGGCGUUCCUGGCCGCUCGCUUUCCCGGUCCAUGGCCUCGCAAAGUUGCAGGGAAGACCAAGGUCGGCGAGGGACAAGGGAAGAAGGACAACGAUCGUCAAACAGGACUACAAGGCCGCUUUGGAAGGGAAACGGAGUGCAGGUAUCAUGUUCAGUUAUUGCAGAAAGAAGGGAGAUUGAAGAGAUUAAGAGGUAUAGCAAAAAUGGAGUAGCAGUAUAAAUUGGUCAAGUAAAAAAAUGAGAUGACUUUUUGGUCAAAGAUGUAGUAAAGA